AUGUCUGGUGCAAGGCGUUUUCUCCGGUUUAUGGUUGUUUCUGCCAUCCUCGUCACCGGGCUCUACAUAUAUCGACCCUUCGGCUCUUUGGACACACCAAGAACUAUCACUGAGAAGCCCAUCACAUUUUUGAAAAGUAGUUUCGACUGGGGAGCCCUGAAUCCCCAUUAUCCUGCAUCCUCAGUCACCUCUCUUCCCACAGGAAAACCACACUCGUUCCCUCUUAUUCAGCGUAAAUUCCCCAAGGAGUCCCGAUCCGAUGCUGCAAAGAGAGUGCCGCGACGGCAGGCCGUCGUGAGAGCAUUUCGAAGAUGUUGGCAAAAUUACAGAAAUCAUGCAUGGCUAAAGGAUGAGCUGGAGCCACUUUCAGGAACAGGCAAAAAUACAUAUGGAGGUUGGGCGGCUACAUUGAUUGACUCUUUGGACACACUUUGGAUCAUGGAACUCAAAGAAGAAUUUAUGGAUGCGGUGAGGGCCGUGGCAGUACUUGAUUGGGCAAACACGACGGAAUCCGCUUGCAACAUGUUCGAGACAAAUAUCCGACAUCUUGGAGGGCUGCUGGCAGCCUUCGACCUGAGCCAGGAGCCAGUCCUACUGGCUAAGGCUGUGGAGCUUGGAGACAUGCUCUACGCUGGCUUCGAUACUCCAAACCGCAUACCACCUUUCUGGCUAGACUUUGAAAAAGCCAAAUCGGGUUCUCUAAUUGCAGACGGCCACCAAAUAUCUGCGUCAGUCGGCUCAUUCUCCCUCGAAUUCACCCGGCUGUCUCAGAUCACUAAGGACCCAAAAUAUUACGCCGCAGUCGUACGGGUGACGUCAAUGUUCGAGCAGCAUCAAUCUUCGACAGAAUUGUCGGGCAUGUGGCCGACAUUCAUUAACGCCCGCGACGAGACAUUUCAGGAGAACACAUUUACCCUAGGCGCCAUGGCCGAUUCACUAUACGAGUAUUUACCAAAGAUGUCGUCUCUUCUGGGUGGUCUAGAUCCGGCCUAUGAGAGGAUGUACAAAGAGUCUAUGGAUACUGCGAAGAAACAUCUCUUGUUUAGACCAAUGCUCCCCGACAACAGAGAUAUCCUCGUCUUAGGCUCUGCUACCGUCGAUCGAAAUGGCGUUAUACUUAAUCCCGAAGGGCAACACCUCAGCUGCUUCGCUGGCGGCAUGUUCAUCCUCGGCGGUCGUCUUUUCUCGCUUCAAGAACAUAUCGAUAUCGGUGCCAAGCUAACGCAUGGUUGUAUUUACGCCUACAAUGCGUUUCCCACCGGUAUCAUGCCGGAGAUGUUCAAUAUGCUUCCUUGUAAGUCGCUGGAUGGCUGUGAUUGGGACGAGGAAAGGUGGAAGCGCGAAGGCAAUGAGAAGCUGCCAAAGGGUUUCUCACGUGUCCACGCACCAUCAUACAUUCUUCGUCCAGAGGCAAUUGAAAGUGUGUUCAUUCUGUAUCGCACAACAGGAAACAGAGAGUUACAGGAUCUGGCGUGGAAAAUGUUUCAGUCCAUUCAAAAUGCCACCGAGACGCCGUACGGCAAUGCGGGCAUUGACGAUGUUACCACCACCGGUAAAGUUAGCCAAAGGAACUCAAUGGAGAGCUUCUGGCUUGCGGAAACACUGAAGUAUUUUUACCUGAUCUUCUCUCCCCCGGGACUCAUUAACCUGGAUGAUUAUGUUCUUAAUACCGAGGCACAUCCCUUGAAACGGCCAAAGUAA